UUGCCCGGGACGAGGGUGGGAUUUCCGCCGCUCCUUGGGCUGGUUCGCUGACGGGCCGAGAGAAGGCUGUAUUAUGGAUUCCGAGUGAGGGGAAAUCUGGCCCUUCCGCGCCCGGUUUGGAGCUUCAGCUCCCCUUCAGGAAUUUAAUUAAAAUGCUGCUGUCAAUAGGAAUGCUAAUGCUGUCUGCCACUCAGAUUUAUACCAUUUUCACGGUUCAGCUGUUUGCUUUCUUAAACCUGUUGCCUGUGGAGGCAGACAUUUUAGCGUAUAACUUUGAAAAUACAUCACAGACGUUUGAUGACCUGCCAGCAAGGUUUGGCUACAGGUUGCCCUCAGAAGGCUUAAAGGGUUUUCUGAUAAAUUCAAAACCUGAGAAUGCAUGUGAACCCAUAACUCCUCCACCUCUGAAAGACAAUUCUUCCCACACAUUUGUUGUAUUAAUCAGAAGACUUGAUUGCAACUUUGACAUAAAAGUUUUGAACGCUCAAAGAGCUGGCUAUAAAGCUGCCAUAGUUCACAAUGUUGAUUCUGAUGAACUCAUUAGUAUGGGAUCCAAAGACAUCGAAGUUUUAAAGAAGAUUGACAUUCCAUCUGUCUUUAUUGGUGAAUCAUCUGCUAAUUCCCUUAAGGAAGAAUUCACAUAUGAGAAAGGAGGCCACAUUGUAUUAAUCCCAGAGUUCAACCUCCCUUUGGAGUACUAUCUAAUCCCAUUCCUAAUUAUUGUGGGGAUCUGUCUCAUACUAAUUGUUAUUUUUAUGAUUACAAAAUUUGUCCAGGACCGACACAGAGCAAGAAGGAAUAGACUUCAAAAAGAUCAGCUUAAGAAGCUCCCAAUACAUAAAUUCAAGAAAGGAGAUGAAUAUGAUGUUUGUGCCAUUUGUCUGGAUGAAUAUGAGGAUGGGGAUAAGCUCAGAAUCCUUCCUUGCUCUCAUGCAUACCACUGCAAGUGUGUGGAUCCCUGGCUGACUAAAACCAAGAAAACAUGUCCUGUGUGUAAACAAAAGGUUGUCCCUUCUCAGGGUGAUUCGGACUCUGAAACAGACAGCAGUCAGGAAGAGAAUGAAGUCUCCGAGAAUACUCCUUUGCUUAGGCCACUGGCUUCAGUCAGCACUCAGUCUUUCGGGGCACUGUCUGAGUCUUACACCAAUCCAAACAUGACAGAGUCUUCAGACUAUGAGGAGGAAGAUGAGGAGGAAGAUAUUGACAGUAGUGAUGCUGAGAAUGGAGCAACAGAAGAGAGUGUAGUAGUCCAGCUUCAGCCCAGUGCUGAACAAGAUUACAGAGUGGCAAAUACUGUUUGAACUUCAGGACUACAAACAAAAGUGUUACAUGAACUCCUCUGGCCAGAGAACUCUCCUUUAUGUAUCUGUACAUAGGGGAAGCACAUUGUGACCCUCCGGUUGCUUCAGUGCAAGCAGCUGUUCAUAUAGUGUUCUGUAUAGUUUAAU